UCGUCGACACCGAUUACAAAAAUAAGACGCGAUAGUGGGAAGUUGUGUCGGUAGUUUUUGUUUGGUUUUCGAUAAGAUAUUGAUAAACGAUAUGAGGUAGGCCUGUAUUGACACACAUUUAUAUCGGGAUGGACAGGACGGAGAGUGGAAAUAUGUCGUCCACAGAGUCCAUAGUGUUCGAUAGCAAGAUGAUGAAGACAUCGACUCAGGAGUUCGCAGCCACGUGGGGAGGGCGAAGCUCCCUGCCUGACUCGGGCAGGCUGCGACGGGCGCAUUCCUGGUCGGGCAUACAGCCGGAGGACUCGCCAUCCGAGGUCAGGAUAUUGAGAGAAAGAUUAGUCCGAACACAGACCAAGCUCCGUCCCAGUGCGAUUCGUCACCUCUCUCGCCAUCAGAGGCUGACGCUGGCCUCGCUGGCCCUGGUGGACUUCAUGAGCUUCUGUUCCAUGAGCAUCAUGGCGCCAUUCUUCCCCCGAGAAGCCUCCGAGAAGGGGCUCUCGGAGACCAUGUGCGGACUCGUGUUCAGCUUCUACGCGGUCGUCAUGUUUCUAACUUCACCCUUGUUCGGUAAAUAUCUGCCGACCAUAGGAGCGAAGUUCAUGUUCAUAUCGGGAAUGUUCCUCGCUGGUUCCUGCAAUAUUUUGUUUGGGACCCUAAUCCGAAUAAGGAACUACAGCUCCUUCACAGUGCUGUGCUUCAUAGUCCGAGGUAUGGAGGCGGUAGGGGCGAGCGCGUACUCCACAGCCAGCUAUGUCUUCGUGGUCAACGCGUUCCCUGACUCCAUAGGAUCUGUGCUGGGCAUCCUGGAGACGUUUGUUGGCUUGGGCAUGUCUGUGGGCCCGGCGAUCGGAGGAUUGCUGUAUUCGAUCGGAGGAUUCGGGCUGCCGUUCUACAGCCUGGGCGCCAUCAUGAUACUGACGGUUCCACUCAACUUCAUCUGGCUAGCGGACUGUGAUGAAUACGUAACUGGAUCCAAAUCAGCGUCGAUCUUCCGCUUGUUCAAGAUCCCGUCCAUCAUCAUCACGGGGCUGGUGAUCGUGAUCGUGUCCAACACGUGGGCCUUCCUCGACCCCACGCUGGAGCCCCACCUGCGGCAGUUCGGCCUGUCCACCAAGCAGAUCGGCCUGAUAUUCAUGCUGUUCUCCAGUCUGUACGGAAUCUUCAGCCCUAUAUGGGGAUGGGUUGCUGAUAGAGUCCACAACCAUUGGUGCAUGAUGGUUUGGGGCUUAUUUCUGUCAACAGUUGGACUUUUGCUUCUCGGUCCUUGCCCAUUCAUUCCUUACUUACCAGAGGGCUUAUGGCUAGAUCUAGUUGCGCUAUCUAUACUUGGAAUAUCAGUGGCGUUAACUCUGUUGCCGACUUUCCAAGGUGUAUUAACAAGUUCUAUCUACGAGGGCGGUUGCCCGGAGGCGCUGGCGACGUACAGCGCGGUGGCGGGCGUGUGGUCGUGCUGCUACUCGCUGGGCGAGGUGACGGGCCCGGCGCUGGGCGGCGCGCUGGCUGAGAAGUACGGCUUCCCGCUCAGCGCGACCAUGUGUGCCUCCGCUUGCUUCUGUAUGGCAGUCGUGACAUUAACAUUCUUCUCGCUCAGCGAAUCGUCGAAGUGGGUCAACAGUCACGGUUCCACCAGCAGCUCAAUACCGUACUCCGACACUACGUGGAACAGCAACGACUUUUGUCGCACGCGGAGCGCGCCCUGCCAGAGGACAGAGUCUUCGCCGCUGCUCGCGCCCUGCUCGUGCCAGGAUAAACAGGGCCCUCACGCCCCAGAAGGACCAUCGAGGCAAAUAUGCGUCGUUCACAACAAGAACAAGAGCGGAUCGGCCAGCGUAGCGAGCGUCGUAGCUUACUUCCUCAAAUUCCAAUACCUAACCGAUCUGUGCAUAAAAAUAAGAUUACUAACGAGCAAACCAGAUGAGUACGAUCGCGAGGAACUAUACCAGAACUACUUGGAGAACGAUAAAAAAGAGUCAGGCGAGGGCGAUCUGCAGAAAAACAUCCGGGACGGUACAAACAAGAAUCAGGCUAACGGGAAGGGGAAUAGGAACGGGUUUUGUUUGUACCUGGACAGGGAGGACGACGGUGGUUCCGACGUGGUGGUGAAGAGGAAUAAUACGGGGGUUGUGACGAAACUGGAUGGUGGCGACCGUCAGCUGCCGGACGACAUCAUCCGCCACAAUCUGCAGAAGGUGCAGUUCUAUGAGCAGAGCCCUACCUGCUUCUCCAAUGAAAAUAUUUUUGACGGGUGCGAAUGUCGGGACGGCGUGACGUACGUGCGGGGAACCGUCACCGUGUCGUCCGCCGGCGCCUGUGAAGUUUGAUGACUAGCAUUCACUAGCUUAGGGUAGCUAAUGUUCCCAAAUGUUUCUUAAUUUUACAAUCUUAACAUCACAUACAUGGAUCAAGAUAGAUACCGCAUGUGUAUGUAC